CCCCCUUCCCGCUCUCUCCUUCCAAGCCCUCUGCCUCCAUCCCCCUCGCCCAGACUGCCACCGGCUCCUGCUCGCCCUCCGAUCGCCCUGCCAUGGACCCCCACCACCCCGACCCCGGCGGCGUGCCGCUCGAUGACGGCGCCGACCUGCAGCUUGCCCUGCAGGACAUCUGCGACACCUCGGACUCGGACUUCGACUCGGAGUCCGAGCUGGGGGACUCGCAAACGAGGUCCGGGCAGGGUGCCGGCCCAGCCGAGGACCCGGUCACGCGGCUUUCCUCGCUCAUGGUCAACCUCUUGGAGAAGGCUCGCUCUGCGCUGGAGGAGAAUGAUCUGACCGACCAGCCAUCGCCUUUGGACCUCUUUUCGCCGGGCCCCCCGGGCCCGGGGGCCGGGCGACUUGGCGACGUCGGGCUAGCCACGUCCAGCCCGAUGACCGGCCCCCGCGGCGAUCCCCUCAUGAGCCCCUCCCUCGGCUCGGGCGCCGGCCGUCUUGGGGGCUCCGGCGGGGCAUACACCCAUCUCUCCAAUGACUCGCUGCCCUUCCUCACAGAUGUCCAGCCGAUCGGCAUCCCCAAUGGCGUCGACCCGUCGGAGCUGCUAUUCGACCUGUCGGCCAUCGACAGCGACAUCUUCAACCUGAUCGUGCAGCAGGGGAUACCGCUGACGCCAAAGAAGGCCCUGGCCAUGUUUGCACGCUCCUACCGUGCCUCCAAACUUGAAUCCGAAUAUCUUCGUUCCCUGCUCACGGCUGUGCUGUUUGCGCCACCGGAUUUGCCACACGAGCCACUGACCACCGAGGCCCUUGCCCGGCUCCUGGGCGCGCCCGUUCGAUCUGAUGCCUGCCAGUGCCCGUGCCUGUGUGGCCUGGGCCCCGUGCAGCCAGUUCAGCUGGUGGCCGACCUGGUCGACCUGGAUGGCCCUUUGUUGGCGGAUCAAGCAACGGCAGUGCGCUCGCGCGCCGGGUCUAUGUUGCCGUUCUCCACGCCGGCCGCUGUCCCGGCCCCGGGACUUUCGGCCCCUGUCCCGGGCCCUGCCAGCGGCUCCGAUUCAUCUUCGAGUUUGGUGUCGACCCCGGCCCCGGCCCCGGCCCCGGCCCCGGCCCCAGACCUGCUUCCGACCAACCAAGACAAGGCUCCCAACCGGAGCCAGGAGGAUCCCCCGAGCAGCCCGGAAUCCCCUCGGCGCCCGGCAUCCGACCACGAGGCUGACUACUCGGCCUCGCAGCACCUGACCCCCAUGAAGCGUGAGCUUCUCUUUUCCACUCAAACACCGGACCCGGCGGCGGCCGCGGCCCCGGUCACCCCGGCCACCCAGCCGCACCCGCUUUCGGUCCAGGGCCGGCUGUCCCUCUUUGAGAUUCUUUACUCCCAGCCGACCACUGUCGGCUCCUCCUCCCGGUCGGAGCAGCUUCUGCUGGCUGCCUCGGCUCGCCUGAGCGCCCUGACGGCCAUGCUGCCUGGGGUCCAAGCGUCCGCCAUCUCCGAGGAUCACCUCUUCUCGGCCGAGAACUUGGACUCCAUCUUCGAAGCGGCGACCGGGUCUUCAUCCUCGGCUGGAUCCUCCGCGCGGCCGUCCCCGGGCCUGAUGCCUGAUGCGACCGAUCUGGGAUCCGGUGCGUCGACCCCGGGCCGGUCUCCGCCGGUUUCCGAUCCGAACGGGCUCCUUUCGCCCCCUGGCGCAUCGCCAAGUCUGGCCACCGUCAACGCUCGAGCUCGGUCCAUGUCCUCGCGCAGUCGGUCCGGCACGGCGACCGCACGCGACCGCCGGCGCAUGACCACCACCGGGGCGCCUCCCCUGCCCGGGGCCACGACGGUCAACUGGCGUGCCAUCACCGAAACCAUCCAGGAACUCUUUUGGCUCCUGUCAGCUGCCGGGUGUGCUCUGCAUGAUGAGACGUCCAUGCGCCGAGGCCUGGCCGAUGAAAAUGGCCGCCUCUUCCACAAGGCUGCCCUCCUUCACCACCAGCUCACCCAGUUGCAAGCUGGCCGUGGAAGCGCCUCGGCCCCGGCGUCCACGCCCGCCGAUGAGGGGUGCUCGAUCAUGUAAAAAAUACAUCCCACCCUCCCUG